GAGACAACAGAUCAAGGACAGACUGUAACAAGUACAAGAAGUACAGGCCACGCAUCACCUUUUAGUGAAAUUGACCAACCCUCUGUGGAGCCUGCAAGGAUUACCAGCUGUGCUGGUGCUGCAAUGCUUUUAGCGUCAAUAGCCGAAACAGUGUAUUCAUAUUUCCAAGUCAGCCUGCGAUUAGUUCAAAGACUUACAAGAGAACAGCUGUUUUAUAUAUUAACUUCGAUUUUAAUAAUAUGUUUACUGAUGUGCAGUUUAUUCCUGUUGUACCGUCUUUCCAUAUUGGAACCAAAAAUCUUGGCUCAAACAGCCUACCCUCCAGAAAAGAUUCUUCUUCGGCAAUCUAUGUAUCAACUUUGGAAACUCCGCCAGGAUGUUUUUGAUGCAGAAGUAGUUAGGUUCAAAACAAUAGUAGCUGCCAAUUUAAAUGCCAUAACACAGGUGCGACAGACACUUAAGAUGUUGGAGGAUGACCUAGAAGCUCAUAUGAGUAGGAACUGUACUUUACUUGACAACAACGUGUGUGUAUAUUUUUGAGGCUGAGGAGUUCUUUGGAGUUCUUUUGGAGGUGACGUGACAUUUGGGCAAAUCCAGUAGCAAUCAGUUAUUAACAAGUUGCUAAUCUGGCUUGGAGGGACAAGCAAGAAUGUUUGCAUACAUGUAUGUUGUAAUCCAAUUCAACAAUUGAGUGAACCAUGAGGCCCCGACCACGUUAAUGCGUGUCUAAAAGUAUUCGUUUUGUCUCAACGAAAACAAAGCAGAAUAUCUUUUACCACACUAGCAUUUUCGUUUUGUUUUCACUUAUCCACUCUGAUUCACUUUCAUUGGACAUUGCAUACUUUUUGAUACCUUUUCACCUAUCAUCCACACUAAAACCCUGAUGGAAACGAGUAUAUAUGAAGCUCUUUUAGGCACUGUUUUCAAAAGCCCCUGUUUCAUUUAUCCACACUAGAAACAGAACAUUUCAAAACGAUGCGUUUUCAGAAACCGUUUUCAAAAGCCUCCAUUUUCAUCAGCAUUUUUGGUCAUUUUAGCGUGGACGAUAGGCGAAAACGCAUCAAAAAGUAUGUGUUUGCAAGCAACAAGUGCAUCAGUGUGCUCUGGGCCUAAAUUGUCUGUUAGUAGCCCCUGGAUUUCUCCAGCCCUGUUAAAGAGUUUUUUAGUAGCAGUAGUGAUAACAGGAAGUAGUUGUCAAGAUUGGUGAACUUAAACUUGUAUGAAAUAAGCGGCAAAUAGUUUACUGUGGGCCGCAAAAUAGCCAGGGCACAAAAAAUAAAUACUUACUUCUCUUUCCAAGUUCACCACAUGUGAGCUCUGCCUGUUAAAGGCUUGAAAUGAAGAAAAUAAUGUUGCUACAUUUAAAAAUAUUUUGACCAUUUACCACCUGACAAACUCUUUUUAGUAUAAGAGCUUAGUGUAUUUAUUUGGAUCCAUAAUUUUUUAUACAGUCAAAUAUUUAUUCAAGAACAAAGUAUUUUGUAUUUAAAUUGGUUAAAGUCAAAACAUCUACUUAAACAUUUGUAUAUAUAAUUAAUUUGUAACUGAUAAUACUUAAAGUUUGUUGACGCAAAGCUUUUAGCUAAAACUAGAAUGGAAAAAUAUGUGAAUUUGUUGUGUGAAUCUAUUUAUAAUGGAAUGUUCGGAAUGUGUAAAAAGGAUCGAUGACAAGGUAACCUUGAACAAAGGAUUCAUUGAGAACUGACAAUGCAGGCAUUAUCUUUUCUCUUCUAAGCAUGCAUAGCCAAGUUGCCUUUGUCGUCAAAUGUGAAUUUUUCACAAAAAACGUGUGACUUUUUGAAAUUAAACUUUUUAAAAGGGUUGUUUCAGUAUUUGUUAUCAAACAUUAUGAGGUGUUAAGGGAAUUUCUGUGUUAGGUGCAUUUUUAUAUCAACAUGUAGUUUCAAUCAAAAUUUCAUAAUUUCUACUAUGUAAAAAUCAUUUUACGUACAAAACAAUAGAAUGCAAAGUCAAGUUAAGCCUGUGAACAGGCUCCUGAUCGCGUCGUAAGGCAAAAAAAAGAAAGAAACCGGGGAGCAAAGCUAGCUUAGUGUGGUCUAGGGUGAGCAGAGAGAGCGGUUUGGGAAGAAAAAUUGCCCUUGCUCGCUGCAUAGUUUUCUGUGCUCCCCAGGAGCCCAUUCACAGUUGAAGUCAACUUUCAUCUGAAUUUUCUUGUAGAAAUUAUUACAAUAGAGUAAUUAAACCCAGUGAAAUAAGAAUCAAGAAACAUAGAUCUAUUAAAACAGAUAGAAUUAAAUGGAUUUAGAAUACAAUGAUAGAAAUUGGGAUAAUUAAGGAAAUUGUGUUGUCAGUAAAAUAAUGGAACAGGAAAGACUGAAAAGUGAAAUAGUUGGUUUGAAUUAAUAAUAAAAAUAAUAUAGUUUGAUUAUCUUCA